CCGCAAACGGUCACACUGCGCGAAUGGACAAAAAUUAGAACAAAAAAAAGAGGCGAAUUCGCGAAUUGAUGAAAACGCCGCUGCGGAAAUUUUGCCAGCCGAAUGAACACCCACACGCCGGAGCGAGCGGGUGAUUUGCAAACGGAGGAGCGUAAGAUAAACGGCACGGCGGCUAGCUGAGAGGCGUCACGUAGACGGUGCGACUCUGAUCGAUAUAUUCAACACAAGCGCACCCACACACACACACACGUACACACAUACAGACUCGGGCGCGUACGCACACGCACACAUGGAGAACACUCGAGGAGGAGGUGGCGAAAAUAACGUAGAAUCAGCCACCGGCGGGGCUGAUUUGGCCAAGGAAACGGCAGCGGAGGAGGUGCAAAAGUUGACGACCAGCCAUGUGGAGGGAAUGGAGCCCGCAAUAGGGGUAAAUAACAACAAGAAUAAGGCAGAGGCGGCGGAAUCGGCAACGGCGGUUCUUCUUGUGGUGGAAAACAACAACGCAAAUGCCCGCGGAAAUGUCAGUGCUGCAGAAACAACAACAACACCAAAAGCAAAUACAGAGGAAGCAGCAGCAAGCAACAACAAUAAUGCAUUACCAAUACAACAACAACAGCAGCAGUCAGGCGAUGGGAAUGCAAUUACACCUACAACAAUAGAAGAAGAAGCAGCAGCAGUAAAGGCAAAAACAAAUACAGAAGGGGACGAGGCAACAACAAAAACCACUGCGACAGCGGCAGAGAAAGAAGCAACAUCAAAAACAGACGAGAAGACAGAAGAGCGCAAUCACAAGAAGAAGAAGAAAGAUAAGGAGCGCGAGCGAGAUGAAGAUAAGCAUCGGCGCAGCAGCGCCACUAGUAACCACAACAACAGUAGUAGCAGCAGCAGCAAGGAUCGGGAUAGAGAGCGUGAACGCGAAAGGGAGCGCAACCGGGAAGGCAGCAAUCGGGAGAGCAGCUCCAAGUCCUCCAAAGAGAGCGAUCACAAGUCCAGUUCCUCGCGCAGCAAGGACAAGAAGUAUCAUCGCAGCGACCGCGACAGGGAAAGGGAGAAGGAACGAGAGCGCGAUCGGGAAAAGAUUCCCUCCUCAUCGUCCAGCUCCUCGUCACACUCGCAUCGCCGCCGCAGCUCCGACAGCAGCCGUAGCAGUCAAAACAGCUCCUCCAAGUCCAAGGAUGCGGCAACGGAAAACAACCUUAGCCAAGCGGUCACAGCUGCCCUUGAGCAGCAAAUUAAAGUAGAGGAAAGCAUCAAAAAGGAACCAGUGGAAGUUAAACCAGAGCCGGAAGCGGUAGCCCCCUUACCUGUACUUAGCAACAGCAUCAAAACAGAAGCGGAAAUCAAAAAGGAGGAAAAGGAAAUAAAACCUCUGCUAAAUGGCGAGGCAACGGGGAAAAGCCGCGAAGAGGUUACCCGACAGCUCAACUUUGGGGACAAGAGCAGCGUCAACUCCAAGCUGAUGCCAUCGCCAGCACCGAAAACCAACUCCUCGGGCUCGAACUCCGCCACAACCAACAAUCAUUCCUCCAGCAAUCGCAAGACCUACACAUCUUCGUCCUCAUCCUCUAGCAACCAUCACAAGGGUUCAUCCUCUUCGUCGUCCUCAUCGUCUCGUCACUCUUCCUCCUCAUCAUCCUCGUCGCGGGACUGCUCCAAGUGCUACAAACGCUCCAAGAUUCGACGUUCCAGCAUGGGUGUACAGUGCCUGCAGCAUGCUCCUGUCCCCGGGCCCUGGCAAACGGUGCAGAGUCUACCGCCCAAGCCCAACCGACAGCCACCAGUUGGCUUGGAGAACCUCAAGUAUGGCUGUUACUUCCAGGUGGAACAGUAUCCCAAUGGCGGAGCGUCCAUUGUGCAUCUGUAUCAGCACGAGAUUGAUGCCCUGCCGCCCGAGGAAAUGGAGGAACUGGUGGAUGAGUUCUUUGGGGUUUGCUUCGCGGAGGAUGAGCAGGGUUAUGCCCAUCAUGUGAUGGGCAUAGUUCACGAUGCGGCGCGCUAUCUGCCCGAUCUGCUGGAGCACAUGGCCGAGAACUACUCGACGCUUACGGUGAAGGCGGGUGUGCUGGGCAGGAAUUCGGAUAUUGAGACCUGUACGAUGUCGCAGUAUAAUGAACAGGUUGUUCGCAAUUAUUGCCAGGGAACCUUUCGCUAUGGACCUCUACAUCAGAUCAGUCUCGUUGGCAAGGUCCAUGAGGAGGUUGGCGGCUAUUUUCCUGAUCUUUUGCGACGCAUUGAAAUGAAUCCGUUUCUAAGAAAGACAAUGCCUUGGGCUUGUAAUUCCAUACUGCAAACGGAUCCUCGCCAGAGUAACGAUGGACCCAUCCUAUGGAUACGCGCUGGCGAGCAGCUAGUGCCCACAGCAGAGCUAAACAGCAAGACGCCGCUCAAGAGGCAGAGAACCCGCAUCAAUGAGCUGCGCAACCUUCAGUAUCUGCCCCGUUUAUCGGAGGCUCGUGAGACCAUGAUCGAGGAUCGCACCAAGGCGCAUGCAGAUCAUGUGGGACAUGGCCACGAAAGGAUCACCACCGCUGCAGUUGGCAUCCUUAAGGCCGUUCACUGCGGUCAAACCUACAACCAAAACCGCAUCACCAAGGAUGUGGUGGCCUUUGCCGCUCAGGACUUUAAUCAGAUGGUGGAGAUGCUGCAGCUGGACCUGCACGAACCCCCCAUCUCGCAGUGCGUGCAGUGGAUCGAGGACGCCAAGCUCAAUCAGUUGCGGCGCGAAGGCGUUCGCUAUGCUCGCAUCCAGUUGUGCGACAAUGACAUUUACUUCCUGCCCCGCAACAUUAUCCAUCAGUUUCGCACGGUGACGGCCGUGACGAGCGUAGCCUGGCAUCUACGCCUGCGACAGUAUUACCCGGGCCAGGAGGUCAUCAAUGAGCGGAACAAUCCCGUGCUGGCCGAGACGCCGCACUACAAGGAGAAGCAAACGAUAUUGCCGAAUCCGAUUGGACACGAUGAGGGUGGCUGUGGGGGCGUGGGCAAGAAGACGCCCUCGAAGCGGACGCACGAUGGCAAGGCCAAGAAGAAGCUGAUUGAUCUCGAGCCGGGCAAGGAGCGGCGUUCCAGUGAGAGCAGCCUAGAUGAGCAGCCGUCAUCCUCGCCCAGUCAGAAUCAGGAGAGUAGCGGAAGUGGGAGUGUCAGUGCCGCUAGUUCGCCCAAAAAGAAGCCGGGUAAGGAUGACUCCAAGAUAGAUAUGAGGAAGAUGGUGCUGGAGCACAAGUACAAGCUGACUAAGGCGGCGGCAGUUCUGGGCAGCCAUGAGAGCAAGGAGAAGCCUAAGAAGGAUAAGUCAAGGGAGAAGGAAAAGGAGGAGAAGGAGAAGGUCAAGGAUAAGGAGAAGGAUAAAGAAAAGGAGAAGGAUAAGGAAAGAGAGAAGGAUAAGGAAAGAGAGAAGGAUAAGGAAAGGGAGAAGGAUAAGGAAAAGAAGGACAAAGAUAAAGAAAAGGAGAAAAAGGAUAAGGAAAAGGACUCGGAGAAGGAUAAGAGAAGCGACCACACGACCAAGAAGCAUCCUGCAACGCCAGCCAAGACCUCAACCCUAAGUGCACCUUCGCCGGCCAAGAUGCCACGCCUAAAUAAUGAAGCAGCUCCUUCAAUACCCACUCCCAUCCCCACGCCCACCCCUCUUCCAACUCCCAUACCCACUCCUGCCUCCUCCAUACCCUCCACACCGCCUUCGAUCUUGUCCGGACUGCCACCGCCACUUGUGCCUCAGACACCGCCCUUCAUUCAUCAUCAUCGCUUGAACCAAAAGGAGCCGGAGAUCAAGAUCCAAGUGAAGAUUGUGUCGGAUAGCAAAAGCAGUGAUAAUAGUAGUACCUCCAGUGCAACAGCUCCGUCUCCUGCUCCUGCUCCUCCUCCACCGCCACCUCCUGAACCCGAACCCGAGCCCGUGGACAAUGUGGGCAACGAGCUAAUUGUGGAGAGCACACCAGAGCUGGACGAAGCGGAGGUGCCAGAGGUAUGUGCCGAGGAGGAGAUUGUGGAAAUGGAUAUACCCAUACCCAAGGAACCGCCGUCGCUGACUCCCAGGGAAGUCACCUCCAUGUCUGUGUCAGUAAUUCGCCAACCAGGAGGAGCAGCACCCCCAGCAACUCCUCUUAAUAUUCCCCCGCCGCCUUCAAACGCUGCUCCUCAAAUUGUCAAGGUCGUACUGCCCGCCUCCCUCACUUGUCCGAACAUCACCCGCAUGUCUGUGAUGUUGCCACCCCUGCCACCCUUGCCGCCUUCAAGAUCUACGGCACCGCCGCCUCCACCGCCGCCACCGAGCAGCAGCACAACCAGCAGCUCCUCCCCCCUGAAACCCACCUACAAGACCUUCAGCCUGCCCUCGCACAAAAUCAUCAUAGCUGGCGGCAAUCGGGUGGCCAUGAAUAAAGGAGCUAGCAAAACGCCAGUGGAUCUGCUGGGCUCCAUAAUGGCCAGCAUGGACAAGCCGGGAGCGGGUGGCAGUAACUCCUCAGCCAACACAUCGACGCAAUCCUCGGCCACAACGAAUAAUAGUUCGCUCUCCUCCUACGCCAACUCCAACAAUAGUUACUAAGCAAAAAACAACUAAAAUGGAGCAGGCAAGGAGGAAAAGCAGCAGAGUAGAGGCUUCUCUUUAUGGACUUAAAAUGUGAAACUAUGUAUAGCAGGAAAGCCAAAGGAAUUGCUGGGGAUUUUAAAGAUUUAAAGGUAAAACUUUCUCAAUUUUCCAGGGAUUUCUUUGGCCUUCUUUUUUAUAUUUUGUAAAUUUAAUUAAAAGCCUCUCUUCAGGUUUCUGUUUAACGGAAGCUUAGAGAGGUAUCAUCCUUUAAGGGAGGAAACCCCAAAAAAGGCAGAAGGAGCAAGGAAACUUUAAUUAUAUGUUUCGAUUUUCUCCUCCUUCAGCCUUGAGUAGGAUCUCCACCCUCCCUAAAUUGUAUAUAGCCAAAAAAAAAAGCUUAUUUGUAGACAGACACACACAUAAAAACAACCACAAAAACCUAUAUAUUUUAUAUUACAACAAAAAAAAAUACGUAGAUUUGUAAGCUCAAAAUGCAAGACGACGACGACACUUGAUAGAGAUGUAGUUUUUUAAUUUAUUUACAAACACCGCUGGCACUUUUAAGCUACAACAAUUGUAAUGUUUUUUAAAUGCAGCCCAGAUAAAGGUUUAAAUUUAACUGUUAUACGUGUGUAUUUAUUGUAAUGGCACGCACCUUUACUGAAUUAAAAUAUUAAAAAAUAAAAAA